CACUUGAGAAAAGUCAUCAUACAUCCGUCAUAUUUAUCAAAAAUUUUCGUGUUGUAUUUUUUUCAUUUUCAUCAAAAGAAAUUUCAAUUAAAAACUAAAUAAAACUAUCAAUUCUCGCACAAAAAUAUGUAAACAAGCUUCGCAAUUAAAUAAACUCCAUAAUAUUCCACUUAUCGUCAACCAAACAAGUAAAAAAACUCACUGCACAAAAGAAAAACAAAAAUUCCCCCCAGAGAUAGGCGGGGUCGUCGUCUCCUCUGUGUACACAAAUAAUUGAAACAAUAAAAAAUGGCUCGACCAAUCUAUCCAAAUCAGCAAAAGAUAGCCGAGAAACUAAUCAUCCUCAAUGAUCGUGGCACUGGCAUCCUCACCCGCAUCUACAAUAUCAAAAAAGCAUGCGGCGACACAAAAUCCAAGCCCGGUUUUCUCUCUGAAAAAUCCCUCGAGUCAUCAAUUAAAUUCAUUGUCAAACGAUUCCCCAACAUCGAUGUCAAAGGACUUGGGGCAAUCGUCAAUAUCAAAGCCGAAAUCAUAAAAUCACUCUCUUUAUACUAUCACACUUUUGUAGACUUGCUCGACUUUAAAGACAAUGUCUGCGAACUACUCACGACCAUGGAUGCUUGCCAAAUCCACCUCGACAUAACUCUUAACUUUGAAUUGACCAAGAAUUAUUUAGACCUUGUGGUAACGUAUGUUUCGCUGAUGAUUGUGCUGUCGCGCGUCGAAGACCGCAAAGCCGUCUUGGGCUUGUACAAUGCGGCACACGAACUACAGCAUAAUCAGAGCGAUCCAGGUUUCCCACGACUUGGUCAAAUGAUUCUUGAUUAUGAGGUUCCUUUAAAGAAACUCUCUGAAGAGUUUAUACCUCAUCAAAGGUUACUUACAAAUGCUAUUCGUUCGCUGACCAUUAUUUACCCUUUGCGGAACUCGACUGCCGACAAAUGGCGCGAGAUGCAGAAACUCAGUCUCGUUGGCAAUCCGGCUAUUCUACUGAAAGCCGUCCGCACUGACACAAUGUCGUGUGAAUACAUUUCUUUGGAAACAAUGGAUCGUUGGAUCAUCUUCGGGUUGUUGCUCAAUCAUCAAAUGUUGGGACAGUAUACCGAGGUCAAUAAGAUGUGGCUGUCCGCAUUGGAAUCCAGUUGGGUUGUGGCACUCUUCCGCGAUGAGGUGCUCCCAAUCCACCAAUACAUCCAAAAUACCUUUAAUGAAAUCAAAGGUUAUAGCAAGCGUAUUAAUGAAGUUAAAGACGCUCAUAUAACUGCCAUUCAGAAGGCAGCACUGGUGCACCGGGAGCGACGCAAGUUUCUGCGAACUGCACUCAAAGAAUUGGCUCUAAUAAUGACCGAUCAGCCAGGUCUGCUCGGUCCUAAAGCUAUUUUCAUAUUCAUUGGCUUGUGUUUGGCUCGCGAUGAAAUCUUAUGGCUUCUCCGGCAUAAUGAUAAUCCACCGGCCAAUAAGAAUAAAGGCAAAAGCAAUGAGGACUUGGUUGAUCGCCAACUACCCGAGUUGCUGUUUCAUAUGGAAGAAUUGCGGGCAUUAGUCCGCAAGUACAGUCAAGUAAUGCAACGUUACUAUGUUCAGUAUCUUUCAGGAUUUGAUUCGACCGAUUUGAAUAUCCGAAUGCAGAAUUUACAAGUUUGUCCAGAAGAUGAGAGUGUGAUUCUGUCAUCGUUGUUUAAUACUUCAUCAAAUUUGACUGUCAAACAAGUUGAAGAAAAUGAAUUGUUUGAUUUUAGAGCUUUCCGGUUGGACUGGUUCCGUUUGCAAACUUAUAUGAGUGUUGGAAAAGCAGCUUUACGAAUCGCCGAGCAUGUUGAACUUGCACGUCUCCUCGACUCGAUGGUCUUCCAUACACGAGUUGUCGAUAAUUUAGAUGAAAUACUUGUCGAGACCUCAGACUUGUCGAUAUUCUGCUUCUACAACAAAAUGUUUGAUGAUCAAUUUCACAUGUGCUUGGAGUUUCCAGCUCAAAAUCGUUACAUUAUUGCUUUUCCCCUAAUUUGCAGUCACUUUCAAAAUUGCACCCAUGAAAUGUGCCCCGAAGAACGUCAUCAUAUACGUGAGCGUUCAUUGAGUGUUGUGAAUAUCUUCCUCGAGGAAAUGGCCAAGGAAGCCAAGAAUAUUAUUACAACAAUUUGCGACGAGCAAUGUACCAUGGCUGAUGCACUAUUGCCAAAGCAUUGUGCCAAGAUUCUUUCAGUUGCAUCGACUCGCAAGAAAAAGGACAAAUCCAAGAAGCAAUUUGAUGAUAUCCGCAAGCCUGGCGACGAAAGCUAUCGCAAGACUCGGGAGGAUCUAACGACAAUGGAUAAAUUGCAUAUGGCACUCACGGAAUUGUGUUUUGCUAUAAACUACUGUCCAACUGUGAAUGUGUGGGAGUUUGCCUUUGCUCCUCGGGAAUAUCUUUGCCAGAAUCUAGAACAUCGUUUCUCGCGGGAUUUAGUCGGAAUGGUCAUGUUCAAUCAGGAAACAAUGGAGAUCGCCAAGCCAUCUGAAUUGCUGGCAUCAGUGCGAGCUUAUAUGAACGUUCUGCAGACGGUCGAGAAUUACGUUCACAUCGAUAUCACGAGAGUUUUUAACAACUGCUUGUUGCAACAGACCCAAAGCCUCGACUCGCAUGGCGAAAAGACUAUCGCUGCGUUGUACAACACCUGGUACAGUGAAGUUUUGUUGCGAAGAGUGAGUGCUGGAAAUAUUGUCUACUCAAUGAAUCAAAAGGCGUUUGUGGCUAUCGCACCAGAAGGAUGCGUUCCAUUUAAUCCGCAAGAAUUUUCUGAUUUGAAUGAAUUACGAGCACUUUCGGAACUGGUUGGACCAUAUGGCAUUAAAUCGCUCAAUGAAACACUCAUGUGGCACAUUUCGAAUCAAGUGCAGGAACUCAAGGGGCUGGUUGGGUUAAAUAAAGAGGUUCUUAUAACCCUGCGUACAAGUUUCGAUAAGCCGGAAGUAAUGAAGGACCAAUUCAAAAGACUUCAGCAUGUAGACAACGUCUUGCAACGAAUGACAAUAAUCGGAGUGAUCCUCUGCUUCAGGAAUCUAGUUCACGAGUCUCUGGUUGAUGUGUUGGAAAAAAGAAUACCAUUCUUGUUGAGUUCAGUGAAGGACUUUCAAGAGCAUUUGCCCGGUGGUGAUCAGAUUAAAACCGCAUCAGAAAUGGCAUCGGCAGCAGGGCUCCAAUGCAAGGUUGAUCCCACUUUGACAACAACUCUCAAGUCAAAGAAGCCCGAAUUUGACGAAGGUGAACAUCUAAUUGCAUGUUUGUUGAUGGUUUUUGUCGCAGUGUCUAUCCCCAAAUUGGCUCGCAACGACAACUCUUUCUAUCGUGCAUCCAUGGACGGCCACUCGAAUAACACUCAUUGUAUGGCUGUGGCUAUAAAUAACAUUUUUGGAGCUCUCUUUACAAUUUGCGGACAGAAAGACAUUGAAGAUCGCAUGAAGGAAUUUUUGGCAUUGGCCAGCUCAUCGUUACUCCGUUUGGGUCAGGAAUCUGAUAAGGAAGCCACACGCAACCGAGAAUCUAUCUACUUGCUACUCGAUGAGAUUGUCAAGCAGUCACCAUUCCUCACAAUGGAUUUGCUCGAAUCUUGCUUCCCGUAUGUAUUGAUUAGGAAUGCAUUCCAUGCUGUCUACAAGCAGGAGCAAUGCAUUUAAAUUAAUGCAUUCUAGAGUCUAAGAGUUACAUAAAUAUAACUUAUUUUAUAUUCAUUCAAACAGUAGAUAUUGUACGUUAGUAUUAUUAUGGCAAAUAUAAUCAAAUACUUAUAUUAUGCAAUUUAA